CCGGACCAAUCUUUCUCUCGGCAAAUAGCACGUGAGAAACUUGAGGUGAACCUUAGGGACGCCCACUAAUGGGUUACAUUCGGUCACUCGGGCACUCUGUCGCUCGGGCAUUAUUGGGCAUAGACAAGUCCCUCUCGACAUUACCAAGCCCUGGCUCUAUGGCGUAUAUAUACUGGCCUCUAUCUCGCUGACACCCAUCAUCUUCAAUAACCAGUAUCGAAAAAGAGCAGGAGACUUACAGGAAUCAAUAUGUCCCACGCAGAGCAGAAGAACGCUUUGAACGUUGUCAUGGGUGCCGGAAACUUCGGCGCACCUGGCAUCGAGAGUGCGCGCGUGACCAGCGUGAAGGACGUCGAAGCCAUCCUCGAUGUCUUGAAGGCGCACGGCCACAACGAGCUAGAUACCGCCACCAUGUACGGUCAGGGCACGAGUGAGAAGCUAUUGGGGGAAACAGACUGGAAGAAGCGUGGAACUGUCGUUUCCACGAAGCUUCUGCCAGUCGGGACUAACGGACGUGCCAUUCCUGGCUUGCCGACCAUUACUCACAGGGAAGAGGACCUGCGCAAGUAUUUGGAUACAUCUUUGAAGGCUCUCAAGACAGACACUCUCGAUGUUUGGUAUCUUCACGGCCCCGACCGUUCAACUCCCUACGAGGUGACGAUGAAGGCCGUGGACAGGCUCUAUAGGGAGGGCAAGUUCAAACGCUUCGGCAUCAGCAACUACAUGUCUUGGGAAGUUGCGCAGAUCGUCGAGAUCUGCAAGGCGAACGGGUACGUCAAGCCGACAGUGUACCAGGGACUCUACAACGCAAUGAACCGCAACGUCGAGCCGGAGCUGUUCCCGUGCCUGCGCAAAUACGGCAUCUCGUUCUACGCGUUUAACCCCCUCGGCGGCAGCUUCUUCACAGGUCGUUACCGCUCUUUGAACGAUCAGGCCGAAGCUAACUCGCGCUUCGAUCCGAACACGUUCCUCGGCAGGGAUUCACACCGCCGUUACUGGAACGAUGCCUACUUCAACGCGCUGACGAAGAUUGAAGAGGUUGCGAAGAAACACAACUUGACGCUCGCCGAAGUCACCCUCCGUUGGCUGUCACAUCACAGCCUGCUGAAGCGCGAGCACGGUGAUGCGAUCAUGAUCGGUGGCUCGGGCGUGGAGCAGGUCGAGGAGAACCUCACUAACCUCGAGAAAGGCCCUUUGCCCGAGGAUGUUGUUAAGACUUUGGACGAGGUUUGGCUCUCGGUGAAGGCUAUUGCGGCGAACUACUUUCACUGAGCAUUGAUAUUUUGCCUUGCCGCCGCCCUCGCUACGUGGCGCGACACGGCCGGACAGAUUGAGACAUAUGAAGCACUGACUGUUCAGUACGAAAUCCAUGACAUUGACAGUAGCUGACCUUGUAUGAUCAUGCUUUUCCAUUUCUUCGGCGAGAUGAAUUGCAGCGAGGUGAAUUCGA